GAGAAUAAGAGCACAACAUUGCGCAGGAGCUGCUCAGCAUUAACACACAUCCAGCACUCUCUUCGUGUUCUUCAACAGGAAAAACAGAAUUAUCUUCAUUAUGGAGGAAAAUAUGGUUAUUAUGGAUGAACUUUGCGAAAUGGAUUGCAACGUUUUGAAAAGGUUGUUGAAGGACGACAGUGCGAAAUGCCUGGUGCUGGACUGCCGAUCAUUUUUGGCGUUUAGCGCUGGACACAUUCGGAGUGCAGUGAAUAUCCGCUGUAAUACAAUCGUGAGAAGGCGAGCAAAGGGCUCCGUGAGUUUAGACCAGAUUCUAUCCGGUGAUGAAGAGGUCAAAGCUCGGCUGAAAUCAGGAAUGUACUCCGCUGUGAUCCUCUACGACGAGAGGACGCCCGACAUAGACACGGUUAAAGACGAUAGCACAAUCACUCUGGUGCUCAAUGCAUUAUACAGAGACACGUUUGGAACUGAAAUAUUUCUACUAAAAGGGGGCUAUGAUACAUUUUUCACGGAGUAUCCCGAGUUUUGUUUGAAGACCAAAACGUUAUCCUCGUUCUCUACCCAGUCCAGUUUGGACUCGUGUUCUUCCUGUGGAACUCCACAGACGUCCCACCAUGACCAGGCUGGUCCAGUGGAGAUUCUUCCCUUCCUGUACCUUGGCAGUGCCUUCCACGCCUCCAAAAAGGACAUGCUGGACGGCAUGGGCAUCUCAGCCUUACUCAACGUGUCCUCUAACUGUCCCAACCACUUCGAGGGGGUCUACCAGUACAAGUGCAUUCCUGUGGAGGACAACCACAAAGAGGACAUCAGCUCCUGGUUCAUAGAAGCCAUUGAGUUUAUCGACUCUGUGAAAGACUCUAACAGACGUGUGCUGGUGCACUGCCAGGCGGGCAUCUCUCGCUCUGCCACCAUCUGCCUCGCAUACCUGAUGAAGAAGAAGCGUGUUCGGCUGGACGAAGCCUUUGAGUUCGUCAAGCAGCGCCGCAGUAUCAUCUCCCCCAAUUUCAGCUUCAUGGGUCAGCUGCUGCAGUUCGAGUCCCAGGUGCUGGCCACAUCGUGCGCGGUGGAGGCUGCCAGCCCCUCGGCAGCCAGCCUGGGCCCCAAGUCUUCCUCCAGUCCUACGUCGCCCUUCAUCUUUAGCUUUCCCGUCUCCGUGGUAGCGCAUGGCCAGCCCAGCAGCCUGGCCUACCUGCAGAGUCCAAUCACAACCUCACCCAGCUGCUGAUGCCCCGCCCCCACAAAGACUCACUGCCCCAUUCCUCUCACUAUCCAGACCAGAGAGAGAGGUUAUCUUCUUCUACCUGGUAUAAGCUGAAAGGUCCAUUGACAAUGAAAAACUGAGGGCGCCUAUCCUGCUGCCUGACACAAAAAACUGUAUAGAAUAUGGCACUCACACGUACACCUUCAUCACUAUAUGGUGACUAAUAAAUACAUUCUUUCAUAAAACAGGCUAAAGAACAGAUGCAGUUCCUGUGUUUUACUGUGAAGGUGGACACAGGAAGGACGGGGCGGCAGAAUUCUAAGUUGUUGUCCAUCUUUUUCAUUUCCUGUGGAGUUUUCCAAAGCCUCUCCGGUCCUGUUGAGAGGGCUGAAUGGCCGUGAGCAGAGAUGCAGAGAAAAUGAAAGAGCAAAGAGGGGAGGGGGGGAGAAAGAGAGUGCUCAGUCAUUUAGUGGCUUCCUGAUGGAGCGCAGGAGGCUCUUCAGUUGUGACAGGUGCUUGCUAGCGUCCUGUCCGGCUUCCUGUCCCUGACAUCCCCAUCCUCUCUCCCACACGCCCCCUCCUCUUCUGGAGCAGGACUGCUGAUGAAUGACUGAAUAAAAGAGUCACCCCUGCGGAGGAGGAGAGGCCGCUGAGAUGGAGAGACUAGCUUUCUGAGACAGUGCCAAAUGAACGUCUGAGCCCCUGCUACAUAGCCCGGGCAACCCCUGGUGUUCCAUGUAAUAAGCUCGAUCGGAAGGACAGAUAUGCUUUUGAGGGGAAAGGGGGUCUAGUCAUUUCUGUUUUUUGUUCAGUGCCUUGUUCAGAGAAGGUAUAGGAUGUUUUUCCCAGCGCUUUUGGAUGUGCUCAAGUGCCCCAGCGCCUUUUCUUUCCAAACAGACUGUGGCAGAUAAACUGGCAAAUCUCUAAACAGCAACAACAAACCAUUUCAAGUCAGCACUGCAAUACAGACAAUGUAAUCCUAUCCGUUCCUCUCCCCCAAGUAGAGCAAUAAUGCGUUUCUCUCUCUUCCCAGUUUCCACCAAAGUACUACAUUGUGUUGUGUAUUUAUAAUCAUGUUUUUAGCUUCAUAUGUGUGUAUUCGCUAAUCGAUAAAGACCGGAUCUUUGAGAAGUGCUGUUUGCCUUACCAAUAAUGAUUUUUUAUAAUUCACCAGAUAAGAAUGUUGUCAUUUUUCAUUCCUGUAGGGAGGCAUAUUGUUGUCUGUUACAUAGGUACUAUUUCUGUUCAGACCAUGGAUGCUGAUUGGUCUAAUGCUUGUUGGAGGAGGGAGUUAGUUGGGAACAGACCUAUGGCUUGUUUCUUUGUCUUAUCACUGUUACUCCACCAAUGUCUAGUAGACCCAGAGUACUUUCUAAACUUGCCAAAUGCACAAUAACCAACAGGGACAAUUUCCCGGCUACGCACAAACACCCCUAAAAAAACAGGCACACUGGAAUGUCUGACAUCACUGG